AUGACUGGAAAUGAUAAUAUAACGUCGAAAUACCAUAAACAAGCUUUAGAAGAGUACAAAGAGAUUUCGCAAGAGGAGGAUCCCGAUGCAUGGGACGAACGAAUCUCAAACACAGGCUGUUAUGUAGAGAACUUAGCAUUACAGCUCUGCCAUGCAGAUACGGGCGACUGGAGACAAUGCUUUCAAGAAAUGUCACUUUUCAGAGAGUGCUGGAGCCAAAAUGGGAAUCGUGAGAGAAUAGACACUGUUGACAGAGAUAAUUCUCAAUCUUGA